AUCAAGACUUUUCGAUACAUGACAUUUGUCUACAAGACAGGGGACAGAAGCUAAACUCAUGGACUGCACAGCUAAGAAGCUCCAGGUGCUCGUCUUCAUGGCGCUGCUCGCUCACCUGGCCCGGGACGUGGAGGGCGUGGCCUCCUGCUGCGCGCGCGCUCCCGGCUCCUGCAAACUCUACGAGAUGCUGUGCCGAGCAGGACGCAGAAACGACUCUUCCGUCGCCAGACAUUUAGUGCAUCUCAACAACGACGCCGCUGUCGGGAUUCUCACUCUUGGCAAACGUAAAGUGGGCGAAAGCCGCGUCCACGACCGCCUGCAACAACUGCUGCACAACUCGCGGAAUCAAGCCGCGGGGAUCCUCACCAUGGGGAAGAGGCUGGAGGAGCCCGCUAAAUUCCUCAUCCCUACGGUACCACAGGAUGUGGACAGUUAUGAAAAACGAUGACACUUGUCGCUAUUUAAUAA